GUCACAACAGAGCAGCAGCAGUCAGCUGUGAUUCCCUGAAUGCGGAUUUACCCGAUUACAGAAAGACAUGGAGGUGGAGCAGGUGGAGCAGCAGGUGGAGGGGCUGCUGAGCGGCCAGGGGUCAGAGGUCACGGGGUGUGACGUGGGCCUGGAGCAGAGCAAGCCGGCGACACUGAGGAAGAACGUCACGUACAUCGUCUGCGCCGUCGUCUUCAACGAGAAGGAGGAGGUGCUGAUGGUGCAGGAGGCGAAGCAGAAGUGUUACAAACAGUGGUACCUGCCUGCAGGGAGGGUGGAGGUGGGGGAGAGCCUGGAGGAGGCGCUGAGGAGGGAGGUGAGACACACGCACCCACGCACGUACACACACACACACACACAUACAUGCACACGCAUACACAUGCACAGACACACACACGCACGUACACACACACGCACACACACACAUGUAUUCACAUGCACAUACACGCGUACACAUAUGCGCACACGCACAAACAUCCACACACACAUGCACAGACACACACGUACACACACGCACACACAUCAGCAUACACAUCCACAGACACACACAUGCACACACAUGCAUUCGCACACCACACACGUGCAGACACACAAACACACGCAUACAAACACACAUGUACACAGACACACACACACCCACAAACGCACACGCACACACACACACACACUCGUCACUCUUGUUGGUCCACAGGUGAAGGAGGAGGCGGGGUUUGACUGUGAGCCAAUCACCUUGCUGCUGAUCCAGGAGCAGGGGCCGCAGUGGAUUCGCUUCAUCUUCCUCGCUCAUGUCACAGGUGGGAGUCUGAAGACCCCGUCGGCUGCAGACCAGGAGUCUCUCCAGGCCUCGUGGUGGGACCGGCAGUCAGUCCUCCCUCUGAGGGGGCGGGACAUCCUGCGACUCAUCGACUCCGGACUCAAGUACCGUCGGGAUCCCUGGCACCCCAUCACGUUGCCUGUGGACCUGAGCUGCCGUCACGUGGUGCAGAGACUCGUCCUGGUCUACACGGGCCCUGAGCAGCAGAUCUGGGUCCUGCUCAUCAAAGCCCCGGUGCUCCACCUCCCAGCGGCAGCGGCGGUGAAGACCCACACAGUGACGUGGGCGGCCAACAUGGUGGUGCAGGACGCCAUGCCGGCGGCAUACCUCGACCACGACGUCAACACGCUGGGGGCCUUCAGCCUGCAGCACGGCAGCCGCCAGCAUGAGAAGACAGACGGCGUGUGCUUCAACACGCUGGUGGCGCUGGUGCCCGACCACGUCAGGCGCAACGAGGACGGCGAGAAGGUGGAGCGGGUGUGGAUGGGGCAGCCUCCACCCGUAGAGAACCCCCGAUAUGUCUGGCACCAAGUCCAGAAACCAAGUCUGAGAGAGAAGCUGCUGGAGAAGACCAAGAACACCUCCAUCCUACCCAUCCACAGCAUGUACUGACCACAGGCUCUUAUUGUGAAAGGAACACACUAACUGAUGGCUUUUACUGAUCCCGAAAGGACUCUUAUUGUGAAAGGAACAAGCUAACUGAUGCUUUUUACUGACCACAGAGAGAGCCUUAUUGUGAAAGGAACAUACCUCAUACCACCUCAGCAUCAUAACUAUCUCUUUAAGAAAUAGCUUUUAUUCUGAAAGAACUAAUUGAAUAGUGAAGAGUUUAAAUGUAAUUGGAGCAAUAAAAUACGAAUGUUUGUUUGAUUUCAUAAGAAAGAUUGAGGGGAAAUUAUUAAUACUUCAAUAUAUUUAUAUAAUAUCUUGAGUUUCAGGUUUAAGAGGCAUUACAGAUGCUUAUUAAUUUUAGAUAUAUUAUAUCACAUGUACAAAUCACACAGAUGCAUAUUUAUAGUAAAGCAAUCUAUCGAUACCUUUUAAAUCUGCAAAUACAAAUAUUUAUUGAAUAUAUUUGCUGAAUCAAAGGGUAUAAAAUAUAUGUAUGUAUUUAAUGCAAAACAAACCAAACAGAAAAUGCUUUAAAUCAAUUUGUUGAAAUUGUACCUAUUAAAUCAUUUAUAAAAAAUUAU